UCGAGCAGAGGGCUGCGCAAGUGAACGGAAAACCACGAUGAAAGGCUUAUCACUGAAACAUUUGAAUGUAAUUUGCGUAUUACUUGUGGGGUUGAACAUCGCUGGAGCAGUGAAGCAACUCAACUCUUUCGCGGGACCGUGGAUUGCUUACGCCGACAAGUACUAUAUGUGCGAAGGGGACUAUCAUUGGUCCUGGAGUUUAAAACCGACUCAUUUUAACCCAGCACGGCCACUGGACGUGCAACGCUUAACUGGGUGGGCCAACGCCACUACCCCAAUGACGGAUCAAACGUUUCUGCAUGUUACACUGGAUAUUUGGAACAACAAUAUGUGGAAGGAAAACGCAUUUGUCUUCAAGUUCCCGGACCACGGCUGCACAAUGCUCGUAAAGAACAUCCCGGAUUUUUCCCGCCAAGUUUUCAGCUAUAAGCCACGUACACCCUGCCUCAUACCGGCGGCCUUUUACGAGGUGAAUGACAAGCCCGUAAGUUAUCUGUUCCCCAACGUGCCUACCAUGAUUUACGGACACUACCGCUUACGGCUGGCGUCGGGUUACCGUGGGUCAACACCCGAGGCUUGCUUCAUGGUGGAAUGCCACGUCGUGCCCAAGCCCGCAGUUCCCAUAAUAGCAAAGGGAAUAUUUUGUCGGACCACCACCAUUAGUGUUAAUGGAACUCCAGCUCAUGCUAGUGUGAGUGUGCCACCUCCUCCUCCACCUUCCCCUGUCCUGGAAUCUCCUAAAUCAGUAUUUGUUCGGUUGGGGCCGAAAGUGGUGCCUGUGAUUGAUGCCCCUGAAAUUGACCCUGAUGACAAGAAGAAGAAGAAGAAAAGGACACCCAGUGUCCGUUAUCGAGCUUGCUAUGUGAGCAAGCCCACGGUGCAGCGGCAGCGAGUGCUUCCCAAGCGCCGUUUGGUGAGCUCGGCUGUUCAGGCGCUCUAA